CGGAACUAGCCGGCACGACGCCUCCAUCGCCAUGCCACGUGAUGGGCAUUCACUUGGACAGACGAAGUGCCCUCCAUAUAUUCAUUGACCUGUUCUUCAUCCACUGCAUGGCAGCUGCUGCUGUUCCUGCAGUGUCCAGCCCAGCCGUACAUUUCCGGAACAGCAGCGGCUGCAAAACACGGUGGUGGCGAAGGCCUUUCAACAACGUAGAACAGCGUGCGAGUUGAUCAUCAAAAGGUCAAUGCAUAUUUGGGAAAAGUCGGACAUUUUACCAGACUGGCGUAUAGUUCGCUGGGGAUUCCACCAUGCUUUCUCUGACCAGAGGUGCACCUGGUUCCACGAAAUUUCGCGACCCUAAUUAUUGCUGCAGACACCUUUCCCGUGUAAGGCGCGCCCUAUUCUGUUCCAUUGAUUCCACCGUGUCUUAUGGAAGCAUGGUUGAAUCGUGCAAUCAGUAAGGUGGACAAUGAUUCCACCGCCGUCCACCAUUGCUUUGUUACCGUCAGCAUAAAAUGUCGAGUCUUCAUCCGUCGAGACUCUGCAAACCCAUCUGUAACUUCUUCUUCUCUUCUAUUCGUACUCGGUAUGAACCACCCCAGCGUCCCGUCAAGUGAUCAUACUCAAUCUAAUCUCUCGCUCGGAGAGCUACUCGACAUAUUUGAUUUUCGCUAUGGAUUGAUCGACACUUUUCCGAGGAAUGCAGCCCCCGUGCUGGUAGAAACCAGGAAUACCUUCAUGGAGCAGUAUGACAGACCAGAUGCUGAAACGUUCAAGCAAGCUUGCCUCAAAUUGUCCAAAUUCGUCCACACUAAACCAUUUCUGACUCAAGACGAGAAAGAAGAGCUCGUCAACGUGCUUUGGCUCGCCGACGGAUUGUAUGAGGGUUACCUUGUUGUGGACCUCAUUUUACACACAAAUCAUAAGAGCAUGGAUUUCCGUCUCUUGCUUUACUGCCUCGUCUGCGAAGUACUGCGUAAAACCUAUUUGCAAUCUCCAAUAGAAGGAGCGCUCAAAGGGCGUUUGGAAGAUCUCGCGAGUCGUAUGCUGACUCGGAUUGAGGAAUUUGGCAGGCGGGAGCGAGAGAACGCGUUGUCCCUACUGGAGGAUUUUGAAUGGGAUCAGCCAUGGUCACAAGACCAGAUCUCGGAUUCCUCUGAAUUGUGGCCGGUCUCCCCUGUCGAACAUGCAUUCGAACAAAGCCCUUCCAUGGCGCAAACCGUAGCUCAGAGGCGGCAAUCACUCGUAUCCGCUCCCCCUCCGCCAGCAACUCGCGCAUGACCCAGGCCUCUCUCAGCAUCGCAGUCAUUACCUGCACUGGAGGCGGCUUCAGAGCCCGCUAAACGCCGAGUUGCAUCCCUGAAACGUUCUUUGUCAAUAUCAGGGGGGCGUGUGGAGAGUGCUCCCAAAAAUAUUACCGCAAUCGGCACACAGCCCCCACUCACGGAAGAGUAAAAACAAAUGUCCUGCUGACGACGAGUCGGGCGUAGAUAUAUCAUUCAUUGACGUUGAUAGCGUUUUGGCGCAAUUUGUACUGUAUUCCGAAUACUGCUAAUAUGCACGUAUGUAACCAUGCAAAUUAUGCACU